AUGGCUAGCAACACUGAUAUGAACAACCAAGGCGAAAAAAUGGGUUCAGAAAAAUCACCUCUAUCUCAGCCCAUGAAUCCACUUCAGUUUGAGAAAGUUCCCACUUUCACGAAGAAUAUUCUCAAAAUUUCAAGCACCCACGACCCAAUCGAGCUGACUGACAACAAAUUUGCCUUCUUGCCUGACCAAAUUUCAAAACUCAUCGAUCCAAAAAGUUUAUCGGCUUUCUAUGCCCUGGGAGGGAUUGAUGGAUUGGAACGAGGCUUGAGAGCAGAUCGACGAAGUGGUCUGAGUUCAGAUGAGACAUAUCUGGACGAAAUGAUUUCGCUGGAGGAGCCAAAGAUUGCACAUGCUACUGGAAAGCCAUUACCGCAACAAAGCAAAGAUUACCAGGUCCCAAGGCUACCAACUUGCUCCAAUGUCCCAGGACACUCCUUCGCAGACAGGAGACGAAUCUUUGGGGAGAAUCGGCUUCCAGAGAAAGCGUCCAAAAGCCUCCUGCAACUUGCCUGGCUGGCAUAUAAUGACAGAGUGCUCAUUCUACUGAGCAUUGCGGCUGUUAUAUCUCUAGGGGUGGGCCUUUACCAAACCUUUGGGCAGCCACAUAAGGAAGGCGAGGCGAAAGUCGAGUGGAUUGAGGGUGUUGCCAUCACAGUAGCCAUCCUGAUUGUGGUCGUAGUCGGAGCCUUGAACGAUUGGCAGAAAGAACGACAAUUCGCCAAGCUGAAUCAGAAAAAACAAGACCGUGUCAUCAAAGUCAUCCGGUCAGGCAAGACACAGGAGAUUUGCGUUUUUGAUGUCCUCGUCGGAGACAUCGUCCGCCUCGAGCCUGGUGACAUGGUACCUGUUGACGGAGUUUUGAUCGACGGAUACAAUAUCAGAUGUGACGAAUCUUCCGCUACAGGCGAGUCAAAUCUUGUCAAAAAACACUCUGGCGCCAGUGUCUUCAAGGCUAUUGAAGAAGGGGAAGAUCUCGCCAAGAUGGACCCCUUUAUUCUGUCAGGGAGCAAGGUGAGUGAAGGGGUCGGCACUUUCUUGGUCAUUGCUGUCGGGAUCCAUUCGAGUUACGGAAAAGUCUUGAUAUCUCUUCACGAAGGCCCUGAGGUCACCCCACUUCAAUUGAAACUGAAUCGGCUAGCAAAUCAAAUUGCCAAAAUCGGAAGUGCCUCCGCGUUAUUGUUACUCGUCACCUUACUCAUAAAAUUCCUGGCACAGUUGAAAGAAAACCAGUUGGACUCAUCUGGAAAGGCGCAACAGUUCUUGCAAAUCCUUAUCGUUACCAUUACGGUCAUUGUGGUUGCGGUGCCAGAAGGUCUUCCUCUUGCCGUUACUCUAGCUUUGGCCUUCGCUACUACGAAGAUGCUGAAAGACAACAACUUAGUCCGGUAUCUGAAGGCUUGUGAGACGAUGGGCAAUGCCACCACCAUUUGUUCCGACAAAACUGGAACUUUAACUCAGAACGUCAUGACUGUCGUUGCGAUUUCCAUCUGCCAGGACAUGGACGAAGGUAGCGAAGAUGCUGCCUUUUCGCCAAGCGAGUCAAUACAAUUAAUAUCUCAGCCUAUCAAGACCCUCCUGAAAGACUCCAUCGCAAUCAACUCUACGGCAUUUGAAGUCCAAGACAAGGGCUAUCUAGCUUUUGUCGGGUCCAAAACAGAUACUGCCCUCCUAGACUUCGCGCAUGCAUCACUAGCGAUGGGAGCUGUCAAUACCGAACGGUCAAAUUGCAACACCGUAUACUUGGUACCAUUUGAUUCCGGUCGAAAGUACAUGGCAACUGUGGUCCGAACCGACAAUUGUUUCCGCAUUUAUGCCAAGGGAGCUGCGGAGGUUAUGCUAAAGAGGUGCACAAGAAUUAUCCAAAAUGCUGCGAUUGACGAUUCUACUAGUACUAUCACUCCUGAAACUAUGGCUCACCUGAGUCGCACCAUAGAAAAAUAUGCCACUAGAUCUCUCCGGACGAUUGGGUUGUUAUACCGCGAUAUCGACGAGCUGCCUACUCACAAGGGUGAAACGAUCGAAGAAUACCUCCAACAUGGAUUCGAAGAUCUAUUCAACGACAUGACGCUGCUCGCAAUUGUAGGGAUUCAAGACCCUCUGCGGAAAGGAGUAAAAGAAUCAGUCCAGCGUUGUCAGAAAGCCGGCAUCACGGUCCGCAUGGUCACAGGUGACAACUUGAUCACGGCUAAAGCGAUCGCCAAAGAAUGCGGCAUCCUUAUGGAAGAUGGUCUAGUCAUGGAAGGCCACGAUUUCCGACACUUGGGAGCUGUAGAAAUGAGCAGCGUCAUACCACGUCUACAGGUCCUCGCCCGGUCUAGCCCCGAAGACAAGAAGACUCUCGUCAAAGCUCUUCAAGAAACCGGUGCUGUAGUAGCAGUCACUGGAGACGGUACGAAUGAUGCUCCAGCAUUGAAAAUGGCUGAUGUAGGCUUUUCCAUGGGACUUGCGGGAACGGAAGUUGCCAAAGAGGCAUCGGAUAUUGUGCUCAUGGAUGAUAACUUCACUUCUAUUGUGAAGGCUGUCAUGUGGGGGAGGGCAGUUAAUGAUGCUGUUCGGAAGUUUUUGCAGUUUCAAAUCACGGUCAACAUCGCAGCAGUGGUCCUGACAUUCAUAUCAUCAGUUGCAAGUAAUACCGAAACAUCUGUUCUAACAGCCGUCCAGCUGCUAUGGGUCAACUUGAUUAUGGACACAAUGGGUGCGCUUGCACUCGCAACAGAUCCACCCACCGAGAGUAUCCUUGAUCGGAAACCCGAUCCGAGAUCAUCCCCAUUGAUCACAGUCACCAUGUGGAAAAUGAUCAUUGGCCAGUCAAUAUACAAGCUCGUUAUUUUGCUGAUAAUGCACUUCGGCGGUGAAGCAAUAUUUUCGUAUUCUUCGGACCAGGAAAAGAAACAACUGAGAACUAUGGUCUUCAAUACGUUUGUCUGGAUGCAGAUUUUCAAUCAAUACAACAAUCGUCGUAUCGACAACAAAUUAAACAUCUUCGAGGGAAUCACCCGAAACUGGCUCUUUGUAGCCAUAAACCUCAGUAUGAUUGUUGGACAAGUCAUCAUAGUCCUGGUAGGCGGCAGAGCACUACAAGUUGUCCAUCUCACCGGUGCUCAAUGGGGAUACUCAAUUGUGCUCGGUUUCUUCUCGAUUCCUAUAGCAGUACUCAUACGAUAUUUUCCCGAUGAGUGGUUCCGAAAGAUCAUACCAGGAAGAUGGCUAGCUACUAACCCGGUUCCUGUACAAGUAACAGACUGGGAUUUUGUGCUAGAAGAGAUCAGGGAGGAGAUGAAAUUCAUCUUUUGGGUUCAUGGAGGCCGCCUUCAUAAGUGGAGGAGAAGAGGGAGAAUCACUGGGAAAGGAGGGUUGAAACCUGUUGCCGCGAUGGCAGGACUUGUUGCUGGGAGUAUCGGUGGAUGGCCUCGUGGACGUUAG